AUGACGGUGACUCUGAACGGCCAUCUCAAUGUGCAACGCGUGCAGGUGCGGCCGACGUCGGACGAGCGCGUGAUCAUCUUUGAACCGCAGCUGGACUUGUUGCAGAUUGUUCAAGGGCACGAGACCCAGACCCUUGAGCUCCCCCUGAACUUGGUUGAUGUCGUGGUUGCUGAAGAUGCCGCGUUCCUCAUUUACGAGAAUGCAUUUGGAUACUUGAAGCAUUAUUCGUCCGCAACGUCACUGACGCCACUACCAGCUUCUGUUCAAGGCCCAGUAUUAGCAGCAUAUGCGCGCAACAACCACUUCCUCAGUCUUUGGACGCGCAAUGCCAUUAUCGAAUGCGAAUGGCACGCAGUUACGAGUACAUUUACGGUCUCUAACCUGACGUCGUUGACUUGGACGCCCAAGCAUUUCUCGCUCCAUAUCCCCAAUCGUCCUCUAGCUCAUGGGCAGUUUCACGAGGGUGAAACUACGAUAGCCCAACCCCGACUGUUUUUCAUCGCCCAGCGCCAUUGGAAACCGUAG